AUGGCGUCGCCUUCACCUUCGUUCCUCCUCCAGCUGGUCCGGUACGUGUGGUCCCUCCCGAGCCAGUUCAUGGGGGCGACGGCGAGGGCGCUUCCAGCCUCGAGGGAAGGCGCCGGUGCGGCGAUCCGUCCGUCAUUCGCCGCCCCCGCGCCGCAGCGGCCAGGCGCGCCGGCAGAGGGCGCCGGCGGCCAGGGUGGGAUCAUCCAUGAGGCUUCUCCCGUCCCGCUAGAGCUGAUGCAUGUGGCGGCAAGGGCGGCGCCUCCGAUGCAAGGCGCUGGCGGCAACAGGACCCAUCCGCGCACGGCCAGACUUAUGGGGCCACAGCGGCCCGGGGCGCCGAAAGAAGGCGCCGGCGGCCGCGGCGGGAUCAUCCACGCGGCUUCCUCUUGA